CUUCCAGCACUCACUGGUUUUCCAUGUAGGCUAAUGCUCUUUUCCCAGAGGCGAAGGGAGUCCCACAACCACUAAUGCAGUCAGCUUUUUGAUGCGCCAGAAUACACUCAUCCUCUCUUACAACGACGAUUCUUUACUCCAUUCAAGUUGCUCUUUUCAGUUUUGCCGUCGAGACUACGAAGUGACAUCUUCCUCUCCAUUUUCGACAACUGUUAAAGACUGGUAGGUGAUAAUGGCAAUGCAGCCAUGAAAAAUGCUCAUUCGGAUCGCUGUGAGAUGAAGUUGGAGGUCCUGCGUCAAAAUAACAGGGGGCUCAGCUCGGGCAACUUUUGACACGGACCCAUCGCUUUUUUCUUUCUUUCUUUCUUUCUUUCUUUUUUGAGACUUGUGGUUGAAAGAGGUGUGUAGCCUGCUUGGAGCUGUUCAUGACGGAAACGAUGGCGCUGAGUCUAAACUGCAGGACUAAUCCCAAAGAGCAGGCAUCAGUUCAGAACAGUUUCCCAGAUGUUGUUGAAUUAAACGUCGGGGGACAGGUUUAUUACACGCGUCACUCAACUUUGGUGAGCACCCCGAAUUCGCUGCUCGGUAAGCUAUUUUCUUCUAAAAAAGACGCAUCUAACGACUUAGCAAGAGACCCCAAGGGUCGAUAUUUCAUUGACAGAGAUGGCUUUUUAUUCCGGUACGUGUUGGACUACCUCCGGGAUAAGCAAGUUGUCCUCCCGGACCACUUCCCGGAAAAAGGGAGGCUCAGAAAAGAGGCUGAAUACUUCCAGCUGCCCGACCUGGUGAAGCUGCUGACCCCUGAGGAUAUCAAGCAAAGCCCGGACGACUACUUCCACAGCGACUAUGAAGAUGGGUCCCAGGGUAGCGACCACCGGCAGUGCCCGCCACCCUCUCUCGUUCCCGCGGACAGAAAGAGCGGGUUCAUCACUGUGGGGUAUCGAGGGUCGUGCACCAUGGGCCGUGAGAGUCAGAGUGACGCCAAGUUCAGGAGGGUACCUCGGAUACUAAUAUGCGGCAGGGUAGCCCUUGCCAAAGAAGUGUUUGGGGAGACGCUGAACGAGAGCAGGGACCCGGACAGGACCCCGGAUCGGUACACCUCCCGGUUUUAUCUCAAGUUCAAGCACCUGGAGAGAGCUUUUGACAUGCUGUCGGAGUGUGGUUUCCAAAUGGUGGCCUGCAACUCGUCAGUCACAGCUUCGUUCGUCAACCAGCACACAGAGGACAAGAUCUGGUCCAGCUACACAGAAUACGUUUUCUACCGUGGUCCAUCACGUUGGUCGUCCCCUCCAUGUGACUGCUGCUGCAAGAACCACAAAGGUGACGGCGAGGGUGAGAGCGGCACCUCCUUUAAUGAGCUCUCCACCUCUAGCUCUGAGAGCCAGUCAGAGGCCAGCUCUCCCCAGGGAACAGUCAUCUGUGGCCCAGUAAGUCGCCAGUCGCAUCCCCGUGCCAACGUCCAAACCCUGGACAGGCCGCUGAAAAAGGGCCCUGUCACCAUGGUCCAGCAGUCUGAACAACGACGCAAGAGUGACUUGCUGCGCACUCUUACAGCCAGCUCCCGUGAUACCAGCAGCUGCAAGAAAAGGCCCACAAAAGAGAAGCUCACAGUUGAGGAGGAGUUGGAAAAGUGCAUUCAAGACUUCCGCAAGAUUAAGAUCCCAGAGAGGUUCCCUGAGAGGAAGUACAUGUGGCAGGCUGACCUGCUGAGAAAAUAUCGUCUCUGAGGCAGGAAACACAGCUGAAGGAGCAAACACAUGAGGCCAAGAAUCAGUUCAAGCGUUUUUUGAUCAUAAAUUUUGCAACAAAGAGGAGAGAACACUAAACUUAUUUAAAUCAAGUUUCUGAAAGAAACCUUACUUUUAUGCCAGUGCGCUGAGAGUCUAAACAGAAGCUAGAAGGAAUGAUAAAGAAAAAA